AGAGAAAGAAAGAAAAGACAGAGGGAUAAUUUUCUUAUUACUGCCUAAUUCAGGGCUAGAGAAGAGUUUUUAGUAUAACAUUUCUCAUCCGCAGUCCGAAUUUGAAUGCGAUUAUGGCUAUGAUUGUAGGGUUGCUGUUCCUUCUUUCUGUAGGGCUGAGUAAGCAGGCGGUAGAUGGCUGCACCUGUGAACCAGGACAUCCACAAAAGCUGUACUGCAAUUCUGACAUAGUCAUGCAUGCUGAGAUAACUGGAGAGAAGAUCAUACCUAAUGAUGAAAAUAUACCUGGCAUGGGAACAAUCCAGUAUGAAUUAAAAGUUAUCAAGGUGUUUAAGGGUUUUGACAGAAUGAAUGACAUUAAAUAUGUCAACACAUAUGAAAUGUCUUCAUUGUGCGGGACCAGAUUGCACCACGGACAAUAUCUGCUUUCAGGAGAAUUCAUCCGGCCUGAUGGGUUCGUCAUUACACUGUGUAACUUUGUUGAGCAUUGGGACAAACUCUCCUCAAUGCUAAAAUACAACCUUCAGUAUAUAUAUAAGAUGGGCUGUAACUGCAAGAUUUCCAACCCCUCUGACCGGCCCAUUCACAGCAGAACUAAUGAUGGGUGUAUACUGACUGACUGGAAACACUUAUGGCCACCUGAGGAUGGAGAGCAGGCUCAUGAAUAUGCCUGUAUCAAACACAAAAAUGGUUCCUGUAACUGGUAUAAAGAAAUGUCAAACCAUAAAGACACAAUUGACAUGUCUGACAUCUGAAGACCACCACGGUUUCUAAUGCUUUCUAUAAAAGAAGAUAAUGUUGAUUGAUGCCGUGCUUCCGGUCUGGCCUGCUCUCUAGAAUAUCGCAAGAAUUGGAUCAGUUUGAUCUGUCAGUGUAAUUUUGUUUUUGCAGGAUAUUUAGAAUGCUUAGAUUUAUUGGUACUUCAGCUUCUGAUUAAUUCCAUUUAAAGUGUUCUUUCUUCUAUAAGUACAUUUGUUUUGGGGGGCAAAACCUCCCAUAGUUGUUGCGAUUCAUAUAUUUUAAAUCAAAGAGUAUCUGCAGUCUCCUUGCAGAUAUGAAGAUAACCUUUUGUAUUUCAAAUUAAAUGUUUUUCUCUGCUUUGUAUUCGAUCGAAAAUGUAUGUCAGCAAAUUUUUAAGCAGAUGCUAUUUGUACUCUGGUGCAAAUAAUGGUAUGCUAUUUACACCCCAGUGCAUAUAGUGUCAGAUACUAUUUGUACUAAUAUUUAAAUACUAAAUGGUGUGGGCAUCACUGCAGUGUGUUUAUUGUUUUUAUUUAGAGUCCCACAGACACACUACAUUAACCUCUACCGCUAAGCCUAACCUUAACCUUACCUUAGAAAAAUAACCUUGGUUUUACUGCAGUAACCACGGUUACACUAUGGCAUUUUUUGUAAAUUUAAAAUAACAUCAAAAUGAACCAGGUUUACUAUAAUACCACCAAAUUACUUUACUAACACCAUGGUUAAUUGUAUUAAAACUUUGGUUUCUGCCUACAAUAUUAGUAAUGCAGUGAUGCAAUCUACACACAAGCAAUGCCAAGCCGCGGGAAUGAGCAUGAUCUACAGACCUCGCCUCCGGGUCAAACCCUUCUCCAAAUCACUGCGAUGAUUCAUUUUGAUCUAUUAUUUGAAGCAGUAUUAAAGGAAAUAUUAAGAGUGAAAACAGGAAAUCAGGUGUGAUAAAGAAUGGGACAAACAGUGGUUUUGAACCGCAGUCGCCAGGACAACACUACACAUACACAGACAGUAUUUACACCCGACGCUGCUGCAGCAACAUCUGUUUAGUUUGUUGUAUAUUUCUGUGGUUCCAACAGACUAUUAGGGUGCAAAUAGACACUCCAAUUUUGAAUUUUCUUUAAAUAUGCUAACAAAUUUGGGGGCUUGUUAGUGACUGUUCCUCAAAUAAAUGCAUAUUUUUCUGACA